AUGGGCGAUAUUCAAAUUCACACUAGCUGGGUUUGUGUCGAUGAUGGCGUAGAGCUCUACAGUAAGACGUACACGCCUACCCACCCCAAAGCACUCAUUUUCUUCGUCCACGGCUUUGUUGAGCAUAUCGACAGAUACACCCACAUCUUCCCGCAAUUCGCUGGUGCUGGAUAUAAGGUAUUUGCUUUCGACCAGAGAGGCUUUGGACGCUCAACCCACGAGAAAAUCGGCAACCCCAAGCCUGGCCUCACCAACUGGAAACUCGCACUUGGAGACAUCCAAAACCUUAUAUUCAAAUUCUCCGAACAAAAUGUGGGGUUGCCGCUGUUUUUAAUGGGCCACUCAAUGGGCGGUGGCCUUACGCUUGGUGCUCUGACUCGCAAUCCUCACCUCAAAUUGCCAGAAUUGAAGGGCGCGAUCGCCAUGUCGCCCCUGAUAAGACUCACUAAACCACCGCCAAACUUCCUGAUUAGUCUCGUGAACAAGUGCAAAGGUAUCGUCGGCAGUUUUACAAUUUCUCCAAUGAUCAAUCCUGAGGACAGAACACACGACAAGGUGGUACAGAAUGCGAUUGAGGAGGAUGCUUUGGCUGCUAAGACAGCUACGCUUGGUGGUGUCUGUGAUAUGCUGCGUUAUGGCUCGCUUUUAAUUUCGCAGGACUACAAAUUCUACCCUUCUAAUGUACCACUACUUAUCUCGCAUGGUGAUAGUGAUAAUCUCAACUCAUUCGAGGCUUCCAAACUGUUUAUUGACUCGGUCAUGGCUAGAUCGAAGCAACUCAAGAUAUACCCCAACGCCAGACACGAGCUCUUCAUGGAAGCAGGUGAUCUCAAGUACGAGGUUGUCAGAGAUGUAAUUACAUGGCUCGAUGGCGUCCUCGGUGUGCCUGAAGCAUCUAAAUUGUAA